CAACGUUAGGCUCUAAUUACACCAAAACCAAAGCAACCAAUAACCAAAGGAAAGCAACUGCAAAAGGAAGGAAGACGAAACCAACCAUGGAUCCAUUCUUCUUCUUCCUCCUUUCCUCUCCUCUCUACAACUACAACGCCCAUCCCCCAUCUCUUUACCAUUUUCUCUCCCCUCCAACUAACACAUAAUACUAUUAGUCAGCGCUUCCUCUCAUUCAUCCCAAUUUCGAUCACCGAAUCCCAUCCUCCAUUUCUAUAUCCAUGGAUUCCUAAAAUCACUCCCAUUUUUUCCCAUUUCAACUCCUCUCCUCUUCUUCUUCACGUACUCUCUCUAUGGCUGGUCGCAAAGACAAAGCUCAAUCGCCUCGCGUCUUUCGACUCCUCAUCGCCAUCGCAAUUGGAGUUCUUAUUGGCUGUCUUUUUGCUUUCUUUUAUCCUCAUGGUCUUUUCACCUCUGAUCUACCUCUUCAAAACCGUCGACUCGCUAAAUUGGACCUUCAGGCUCGGUCUUCUUCCUCGUGCGAGUCUUCAGACCGAUCCAAGAACCUUAAAGCCGAUGUCGUUUCAAUGUUAGAGAAGAACACCCAGUUGGAGAAGCAGAUUAAGGAUCUUACAAGGGAGCUGAAAAUAGUAGAACAAUUAAAGGAUCAUGCUCAGAAGCAAUAUCUAGCGCUUGGUGAAAAUCACAAGGCUGGUCCAUUUGGUACUGUCAAAGGUCUUAGAACCAAUCCCACUGUAAUUCCAGAUGAAUCUGUGAAUCCUCGGUUGGCAAAGCUCCUGGAGAAAGUUGCUAUUCAGAAAGAGCUGAUUGUGACACUUGCAAAUUCUAAUGUAAAACCCAUGUUGGAGGUUUGGUUUACCAGCAUUCAAAAGGUUGGGAUACACAAUUAUUUAGUCGUGGCUCUGGACGACCAGACCGAAGAAUUCUGCAUCUCCCAUGAAGUUCCUGUCUACAAGAGAGAUCCAGACGAUAACAUUGAUAAGGUUGGAAAGGAAGGAGGCAACCAUCAAGUCUCUGCAUUGAAGUUUCGCAUUCUGAGGGAGUUCUUGCAACUUGGAUACAGUGUUCUUCUCUCAGAUGUAGAUAUAGUCUACCUACAGAACCCUUUCGAUCAUCUUUUCCGGGAUUCAGAUGUGGAGUCGAUGAGUGAUGGUCACAACAAUAUGACAGCUUAUGGAUACAACGAUGUAUUUGAUGAACCCUCCAUGGGUUGGGCUAGAUAUGCACACACUAUGAGGAUAUGGGUUUACAACUCUGGUUUCUUCUUCAUUAGGCCUACACUUCCUUCAUUGGAGCUUUUGGAUCGCGUUGCUACUCGGCUUUCUCAAGAACAGGCAUGGGACCAAGCCGUUUUCAAUGAGGAACUCUUUUACCCUUCUCGUCCUGGACGUGAUGGGCUUCAUGCCUCCAAGAGAACCAUGGACAUGUAUCUUUUCAUGAACAGUAAAGUACUCUUCAAGACAGUUCGAAAGGAUCCAAAGUUGAAACAGUUGAAACCCGUCAUUGUUCAUAUAAAUUACCAUCCUGACAAGUAUCCUAGAAUGAAAGCCGUCGUCGAAUUCUACGUCAACGGUAAGCAAAAUGCUCUGGAUCCUUUCCCAGAUGGUUCUGAAUGAUGGAAAACACCCUUCACGUUAAUUACAAAGAGCAAUUGUAACAAGGAAGAUCCAUUUUGAUAAUCUCUUCAGAAAAACACAUCAAAACAUUAACUGUUCUUUCCUUUUUCCGAGGUUUUUGUCAAUGUACUUCUGUAAGAACAUUUGUAAUGAUAUAGCUGAAAUUUAUAGACUUUAUCAUCUACAAGAGAAAAUUUUCCAAUUUCCUUCCCUUUUUA